GUUCGGCAAACACCGUUCGGACUCCGCCGUAUUUCCUCCCUCAUUCAACGUCGUACCCGACAAAAUACAAUCCAACCUCCAACUAACUACCAUGAUUGACGCUGUGGUCUUUCGCCCAAACCACGUUCCUGAGAGGCAGCGGGCUUACCAGGCUUCACACUCGCCCGUUUACUAUCGUCCACCCCGUUCAAGACUGUAUCUUGGUACCUACUUCACUCUCUUCGGCGUGGGUAUGUGUGGAACCGUGUAUGGCAUCUACCAGCUUACCAUGGGCAAGCCGGUCAGGAAUUAGUCUCACGGAUAGAUGCUCUAUUCUUUCCCGACAGGAAAAUGCUUGUUAGCUAGAUUCAUAAUAUAAGCAUCCGCUUUCCAAGAAG